AUGGCCAUACGUGCCUUGUACACGCAUCAAAUAACAUUCAGACCACGCCCAGACAAUGGUGCUGGUUUGCUGCUACUAUUGCCCGCUGCAUGCUUGCUCCUGCAACCGCUGAAGCCUGCGAGCGCCGCGGCCGACCGCGCGGCGCUUCCGCCGUCCGCGCGCCUGCACCCCUUCUCUGCGCUCGCGCGCGAGCCCCACAUCCUGCGUCCCGGCGCUCCUGCAUCGCCGCCGCCAAGAGCCCCCACGCGCGGGCGCGCGCUGCCUCGUCGCGUUGACAUCGCCCUCCUGGCCCCGCGCGCGCCUCCCCGUCCUCCUACACGCCCGUCCGCGCCGGACUGCCACGGCUGUCCGUCCACGCACCGGCUGGCUCCGGGCCCCUACCGGCUGCUGGGUGCUCCACGCCAGCCGGCUCCGGGCCCUCGCCGGCUCGCCUCCGCCCUGUCGGUCUGCUGCCGGCUCCGCGCGCCUCGCGCGCCCCUCGCCGGCUCCGGCGCUCGCCGUGUGCGCCGCUCGUCCGGGUUGCCGCUGCCGCCUCCCGCGCGCCGGCCGGGUGGCUACCGCCGAGUCCGCCUCGCCUGGCCGGCCUCCCCCGUGCCGGCUGCUCCUCCGCCCGUCUCCGGCUGCCCCGGGCCCGGCUCCGCCCGUCGCCGGCUCCCCCGCGCCCGUGGCCGCCUGCUCCGGUCCCGCUGCGCCGGCUGCGGUGCCCCGAUGCCUCCCCGCGCCGGCUCGGCCACGCGCGUCCGCCUCCAUCCGACCUCACUGCCGUGUCGCCCGCUGCGCCGGCUGCGGCUCCCUGCCGCCUCACGCAGCAUCGCCGGCUCCUGCGCCGGCCGGCCUCGCCGCGCCCGCCUGCUCCCGCAGCCGGCUUGCCACCAGCUGGCUUCACGCACGCGUUGUGGCUCACCCGCCGGGUCACGCCCCAACCGGCUGUUCGAGAAGAGAGAAGGGGCCGGCUGGAAAGAGUUUCCGGGUUAA